GGGGGGGGGAUGAACAUCCGAAACAGUGGAUUCAUUACCAGAAAUAGAUUUUUUUUUUCUUUUUGGUUCCAAAUUCGUCCCGGUGGUGAGGAGCUCCACCGUUUAGUUCGCACUUCGCAGCCAUGUCAGACGACUUUGAUUUCGCCGAUAAGGAAAACAAUAUUAUUUAUGAAACUGAAUCUAGAGGGUUCAAUCCAGGAUUGAUAGUGCUGCUGGUUGUUGGGGGUCUACUGCUGACAUUCCUUGUGGGGAACUAUGUACUGUACUUGUAUGCGCAGAAAACUCUUCCUCCUCGAAAAAAGAAGCCGAUAUCGAAGAAGAAGAUGAAGAGAGAGAGGCUGAAGCAAGGAGUUUCUGCACCAGGAGAGUAAGGAUAUUCGAGACCUAGUUUCCCCUGUUCCCUGUGCUAAAAACGUUUGUUCACGAUUUUCUUCAUGUUUGAUUCCCAGAGAGUUGUUUUAGUUUAGCUUUCAACAUUUUAAUUACAAGUUAAUCCCAUAUUUGGUAGACUGGAAAGUGAAAUAUUGAUUUUCUGUUCAUCAUGUGCAGUUUAUUUAUCUCAUUUCUAA